GCCGGCGGCCUGCUGCAAAACCCGGAACGGACUCCGCGCACGCUCCGCCGGUAAGGGCGUCUCUUUGGGUGUCUCCGACCAGGUGGAAAUCCGCGAGGGAUCAUCAUGUCCAGGAGGAAACUUUCGGACUGCAGGAGCCUCUUGCCCCUGACGGCCGCCCAGACGCCCAUCAGGGCGGACGACUUCCUCGCCUCCUACACGCUGACGUCCAGAGAGUUGGGCCGCGGGAAAUUCGCCGUGGUCCGCCAGUGCGUCUCCAAGUCCACAUCCCGGGAAUACGCGGCCAAAUUCCUGAAGAAGAGGAGGCGAGGCCGGGAUUGCCGGGCCGAGAUCGUCCAUGAAAUCGCCGUGCUGGACCUCACCAAGGCCAGCCCCCGCGUCAUCACCCUCCACGAAGUCUACGAGACGGACCGCGACAUCAUCCUGGUGCUGGAGUACGCCGCCGGGGGGGAAAUCUUCAACCUGUGCUUCCCGGAGGUGGCGGUCCCGGAGCAGGAUGUGAUCAGGCUGGUCCGGCAAAUCCUGGAAGGCCUCUGUUACCUGCACCAGAAUGGCAUCGCGCACCUGGAUCUGAAGCCCCAGAACAUCUUGCUGAGCGCCCUCCAGCCCCUGGGCGACGUGAAGCUGGUGGAUUUCGGCCUCUCUCGGAAGCUGGACGGCCCCUUGGAGCUGCGGGAGAUCCUGGGGACCCCGGAAUAUUUGGCUCCAGAAGUCGUGAACUACGAUCCCAUUACCACGGCCACGGACAUGUGGAAUAUCGGCGUCAUCGCUUAUAUGCUGUUGGCGCAUUCGUCUCCCUUCGUGGGGGAAGAUAAUCAGGAGACGUUCCUCAAUAUCUCCCAAGUGAACGUGGAUUAUUCCGAGCCGGCUUUCUCCUCCGUUUCCCACCUGGCCCGAGACUUCAUCCGGACCCUUUUAGUCAAAAACCCAGAGGAAAGGCCGACGGCGAGCUCGUGCCUCUCGCACCCGUGGCUCCAGCAGCGGGCCUCCGCUCCCUCGGCUCAUCCCGCGGACGCCUCCUCCUCCUCCUCGUCGUCGUCGUCCUCCGCUCCUCAGGCCCAGGACCCUCCGGCCAAGUGCCCCGAGGACAAACCCACCAAGCCCACCUGUGCCAACCCCUGCGGAGCCCGGGAAGACAAGGAGAACAUUCCGGAAGGGAGGAAGACGAAGAUGCCCAAGCGUUUCCGCUUCGACGCGGCCGCCGCGUUGCGCUCCCCCCCGGAACUGGUGUCCGAUAUGAUCUGUUAGGCCUUGCUGCUCGAGCCGGCGGCCGGGAGACCGUCGAGGGGACGGGCCUUCCACGUGGACCCCCGGGAUCCCCUCGGCCUUCCCGCCUCCGUCCUCUCCUCACGUCCAGGAGGCUGAAGGAAUUCUGGGGUGGGCAGUCGGAGCGAACCAAAUAAAGCCCGUCGGCGCCUGGCAUCGGGCCGCCC